AUGUCAAUUAUCAUCACCGGUGCAAGCGGCUACGUCGGCCAGGAGCUCGCCUCUGCCCUGCUCGCUAGCUCCCCCGACAUCACCGUGACCCUCACAGACGUCGUCGAACCCCAAGUCCCUGCAUCUGCAACGCAACACGCCUCGCGGACAAAAUGCAUCAAGGCAGACUUGACUUCCACCGCCGUCGUCGACGAGCUCUUCACAGAGUCCAACCGCUACACAACCGUCUACCUCCUCCACGGAAUCAUGUCCAGCGGCUCAGAGGCAAACUUCGAGCUCGGCAUGCGCGUCAACCUCGACUCAACGCGAUACAUCCUCGAUAGACUCCGCACCGUGCAGCCCGGGGUAAAGGUCGUCUUUACAUCAAGUCUAGCAGUCUACGGCCUCGCACCACCGGGGUUCAUCAUCGACGAGACAAACUUCCCGCCCGUGCCUAGCUCCUCCUACGGCUCGCAGAAGCUCAUCAUCGAAACUCUGCUAAACGACUACUCGCGCCGCGGCUUCCUCGACGGCCGCGCCGUCCGUCUACCCACCGUCACCGUGCGAGCCGGCGCACCAACCCAAGCGGCAAGCAGCUUCGCGAGCGGGAUCAUCCGCGAGCCCCUUAAUGGCGAGAAGGCGAUUCUCCCCGUGAGCAAGGAGGUCGAGAUGUGGAUCUGCUCGCCGUACACUGUUGUGAAGAACCUGAUCCAUGCGGCGACAGUGCCCGCUGAGGCGUUUGGGGACUCGAGGUCGGUGAAUCUGCCUGGGUUAAAGGUUACUGUUCAGGAGAUGUUGGAUGCGUUGGAGGAGGUUGGCGGGAAGGAGAGGAGGGCGCUUGUUGAGGAGCGGUAUGAUGAGGACAUUGAUCGGAUUGUGCAGACGUGGUCACCGCAUUUUAAUCCGGAGAGGGCGUUGAAACUGGGAUUCCAGGCGGAUAUUCCGAUGAUUGAGAAUGUGAGGAGGUAUGCGAAGAGUUUGGGGCUGUAA